ACGCCGGGGGGAAAAACGUCAGAAACGUCACUGUCUCCGGAAAGAGAAUAAAGGAAAGGGCGUGAAAAGCAAGGUGCUAUGGUGCUUUCGGUUAGACGGUAAACUUUUAGAGGAAUCUGCUACUUCGUCAUUGAAAAGAGCUACUAAACUAAAUAAAUCGAAACCGAGACAUUUAGGACGACCAAAGUGCUUUUUUUUAGAAUUCCCCAUUGCUGUGAAGUAACACGUACGUUGCGAAAGCAUGUUCUUCUUGUGUUAUCUGGGUUAUGAAGACCAGAAGGAUUUCCAUUAUUAAGUCAAAAUGUAUAGUCGUAUAAGUAGUGAAUAACGGAAAGUUACUUAAUGCCGGAAUCCCAGCCGGUUACAUUAACCCGAAGAGAAGAGUAGACAUCUACAAAACCAUGGACGACGUCGAGGACAAGUUUCAGACAUAUUUUAAACAAGACUCAUAUCCAACAAAGAGUCCUGUUGUGCCCAUGGAAACUGAGAAGGCAGCAGAGGACAGAAAUGUUACUGAUGCUAACGGAUCCUAUCAGGAAUGUUGCAGAGAUGUUCCAGGGAGCAGCACUGAUGUCACUCUGAAAGCUGCAGAGAAGACAGAUGGUCAGGACAGAAAGGAAGACCCACCCAAGGACAACAGACAGUCCCAGAAGAAAGGGAAGAAAUGGCAAAAUCCCUUCAUGCCGCAGAAAGCAGUUAUGAGAAAAGUUGUGCAAGAAAGGACAGAAAAGCAUCCAAAAGCUACAAAUGUUGACCAGAUCCACGUAGAGGUUAGCCGAGACCAAAUGACAGAGAAAGUGAAUGAGGAUGUUGACGGCCUCAUGGAGUGGUGGGGCACUGUGGAACACUGGAACGACAUGCCUAUGCAAGCUGAUUUGUCUGAGAAGGAAAAGACCAAAGCAUUUGCAGUGACUGCAGAGAGGGUGAUGAAGGGCAUCCGCGUCUUCAACAAGCUCUUCACGGAGUGGGCUGAGGGUCUUUGGCAGCACGUCAUCGACCUCAACGCUAUUGCGGACGGCAUCGAUCGCUUCAACAAAAGGGCGAAGAUCGCUGCUAUUACGGGGGGCUCCACCAGUGCAGUAGGAGGGGUGACCACCAUUGCCGGGCUGGCCCUGGCUCCUGUCACCUUGGGGACGUCGCUGAUUGUGACCGCUGUGGGACUUGGCGUGGCGACGGCCGGGGGCCUCACAUCUGCCUCCGCCGGCAUCUCGAACAGUGUGAACAACUCACUGGACCGCAAGAAGGUGGAGAGGAUCGUGGCGGACUAUCAGGCCAAGAUGGCCGACAUCAGCAAGUGCCUGAAGUUCAUCAAGCAGGGAAUCGACAGCUUCCGCAAGUACGACGCGGUGAAGAUCAAGGAGCACGGAUGUAGCCAAGAAAUCCCCGAGCUGAGCAGCAUCUACAAGGAAGGCGCAAUGGCCGGAAAGGCCGUGGCCUGCAAUGCUGCCGAGAUCAUGCGUGUGACCCAGGCUGCCAAUGUGGCGGGCAGCACCGCCACUCGUGCCAUCCAGCUGGCCAGCAUGGCCACCGGUGUGCUGACUGGCCUCUUUGUGGCCAUGGACAUUUACUUUGUGGCCAAGGACUCGUGUGAACUCAAGAAAGGGGCCAAAUCUGAGUUCGCUGCCAAGAUCCGAGACGUGGCUGAGCAGCUUCACAGCGGACUGGUGGAGCUGAACGGUAUCCGUGCGCAGCUGCAGGAAUUCAAUGUUUCUGAAGAGCCUGGAAUCAGAAGGGAUCUGUUUAGUCCUGCUUCGUGGAAUCCCCAUGCCGUGCUUCUUCCAUUGCUCUUCACUGAAGACCUUGUCCUGGAGACAUCCAUUGGUUAGCACCCACAAAACCCCAAUGGUAUCUGUUCCCUGCAGUAUGCUGUCAAAUCGUCUCAGGGACUGCAAACCAGAAAACCUGGUUUAACUGACCUGCCCUGGGUCUCUUGUUCUUGAGUUUGUGUGGUCAAUAAAUAUUUCGGCAGAACA